AUGGCGGGUGCCACUGCAACCGAAGAUGGGGGAUCUGCCGAGGACGCGGGUCACACCAAGUCGACCCUUCCUUACACCGGCGUGGACCUCGCUGGCCCGCUCUUCAGGGCGGCGAGCGGCGAAGUCCACGCCCUCGUUGGCCGCCUAGCAGACGAGGGAGUUCGGUGGGUCUUCAAUCCACCGUCGGCUCCCCAUUUCGGCGGCCUGUGGGAGGCGGCUGUCAAGGCCGUCAAACAUCACCUGCGGCGCACCAUCGGAGAGGCUAAGCUCACCUUCGAAGAGCUGUCCACGCUCCUCGCGGAGGUCGAAGCCUGCCUAAACUCAAAGCCCCUCGGGGCCUUGUCGGAUGAUCCAGACGACCUUGACGCCCUGACGCCGGGGCACUUCCUGGUGGGAGGGCCUCUCCUCAGCAUCCCGGAGCCGUCCCUCUUGGACGCCCCUACUAACCGUCUGAACCGGUGGCGACUUCUGCAGCAGAUGCGGGACCAUCUCUGGCAGCGAUGGACCCGCGAAUACCUGCAGGGACUCACACCACGGCCCAAGUGGUGGACCUCCCGGGGAAACCUCUGCGAAGGUCAGCUGUGCCUCAUCAAAGGAGAGAGCACCCCGCCGUGCCGGUGGCCGCUCGCCCGAGUUACGCGCUUACACCCAGGCGAGGAUGGCCAAGUGCGCGUGGUGGACGUCCGCACCACCGUCGGUGAACUGACCCGGCCAGUGGUCAAGCUGGUUCCACUGCCGACGGUAGCCGCCGUGGAGUCCGGGACCCCCGCGUAA